GAGUUUGAUGAAGCGAUGGGUGAAAAAAUGAAAUGUCAAGCCGAAGCUGAUGCAACAGCAUUUACUAUCGAUUUGGCCAACAGACUUGUUGGAGGUUUGGCUUCGGAAAAUGUCAGAUGGAGACAAUCUGUCGAAGAUUUGAAGAUGAUGAAUAUAACAAUCCCGGGUGAUAUUUUGCUGGUCAGUUGCUUUAUAUCGUACGUGGGAUGCUUCACUCGUCGAUAUCGUGUCGAUUUACAGGAUAAGUUUUGGAUUCCUUAUUUUGAAAAAAUACAGCCAAAAAUUCCUCGAACCGGCGGCCUGGACCCUCUGGGUUUAUUGACAGACGAUGCCCAGAUCGCGUCCUGGUGCAACGAAGGAUUACCCAGCGAUCGGAUGAGCGCUGAAAACGCAACUAUACUCACAAAUUCUGCCAGAUGGCCUCUCAUGAUCGAUCCUCAGUUGCAAGGUUUGAAGUGGAUAAAAACAAAGUACGGUGCUGAUUUGAAGAUCAUCCGUUUGUCGAUGAAGAACUACCUUGAUAUUUUGGAACGGGCUAUCAAUAAUGGGGAUACUGUUCUUCUCGAAAAUAUUUUUGAGACGGUGGACGCCGUCCUAAAUCCACUCCUGGGCAGAAUGCUGGUGAAGAAGGGACGUUGUGUUAAAAUCGGUGACAAAGAAGUCGAUUUCAAUAAAAAUUUCAGGCUGAUCAUGCAGACCAAGUUGGCAAAUCCUCAUUAUAAACCUGAGAUGCAGGCACAGGCCACUCUUAUCAACUUUACUGUCACCAGAGACGGGUUGGAAGAGCAGCUUCUGGCCGAAGUCGUGAAGGCCGAACGUCCUGAUCUGGAGGCCCUAAAAUCUGAUCUGACGACCCAGCAGAAUUUGUUCAAGAUUACAUUGAAAUUCUUAGAAGACGAUCUAUUAUCUCGUCUUUCCAGCGCCGGUGCCAAUGUCUUAGAAGAUAGUGCUCUGGUCAUUAAUUUGGAAACAACAAAGAAAACCGCUGAAGAAAUCGUCAUCAAGGUCGAGGAGGCGAAAAUUACAUCGGCUAAGAUUGAUGAGGCUAGGGAACAGUACAGACCAGCUGCUUGUCGUGCAUCCAUCCUUUACUUCAUUCUGAAUGAGUUGUACAAAAUCAACAUGAUGUAUCAGUUUUCUUUGAAAGCAUUCAGUGUCGUGUUUCUGAGGGCUAUCGCCAAAACACCACCAGCAGAGACUUUGGAGGAGAAAGUGGAAAAUCUUUUGGAGUCCAUCACCCAUGCUGUGUACAUGUACACAACCCGAGGACUUUUUGAACGUGAUAAAUUGACUUUUAUGGCACAGGUCGUGAUACAGAUUGAAUUGAAUGCCAAGACGAUCGAACCAGCAGAACUGGAUUUUUUGCUCAGAUUUCCAGCAGUUGCAACCGAGAGUGUACCUGUAGACUUUUUAUCGAAUUUACUUUGGGGAGGUGUUAAAUUGUUAUCGAACAUGACAGAGUUUGCAAAUUUGGACAAAGACAUCGAGGGAGCUGCAAAGAGGUGGAAGAAGUUUGUGGAAAGCGAGGCACCAGAAAAGGAAAAAUUGCCGCAGGAAUGGAAAAACAAACAGCCCCUACAAAGACUCUGCAUUAUGAGGACUUUAAGACCUGACAGGAUGUGCUAUGCUACAUCUGGCUACAUUGAGGAACGUCUUGGUCCAAAGUUUGUAGACGCUCGAACCUUGGACUUUCCAACAUCGUAUGAAGAAAUGAGCAACAUCACACCCAUGUUUUUUAUAUUGUCACCUGGAUCUAAUCCCUUAAAGGAUGUUGAAAGUCAUGGCAAAAAGCUGAAAUUCAUGACCGAUUUACAAAAUUUCCACGUUGUAUCGUUGGGCCAGGGCCAGGAGGUAGUGGCAGAAAGUGCCAUCGAAAUUGGUGCCAAAUUUGGACAGUGGGUUAUGUUGCAGAAUGUGCAUUUGGUUGCCAAGUGGUUGCCAACGCUGGAGAAGAAGAUGGAGCAGACGUUUGAGAAGAGCCACGAGAAUUAUAGGUUAUACAUCAGCGCAGAACCAGCUAUGAGUGCUGAAUACCACAUACUUCCUCAAGGUGUACUAGAGUCAUCGAUAAAGGUGACCAACGAAGCCCCCACAGGCAUGUUUGCAAAUUUGCACAAGGCCCUGGACAAUUUCAACCAGGAGACUUUGGAGAUGUGCAGCAAAGAGGCCGAAUUCAAGGCGAUUUUAUUUGCAUUAUGCUAUUUCCAUGCAGUCGUCUGCGAACGAGGAAAAUUUGGAGCACAAGGAUGGAACAGAAAUUACCCUUUCAAUGUUGGAGAUUUGACGAUCAGUGUGUAUGUGUUGUAUAAUUAUUUAGAAAAUAAUGCCAAAGUGCCAUGGGAAGAUCUACGAUAUUUAUUCGGUGAAAUAAUGUACGGUGGACACAUCACUGAUGACUGGGACAGACGUCUGGCUCGAACCUACCUUUUAGAAUUCAUGCAGCCCGAAUUGACUGAAGGCGAACUGAAUUUUGCUGUUGGGUUCCGUGCACCACCCAACACCGAUUACAAAGGUUACCACGAGUACAUUGAUGAUGCCCUUCCGCCUGAAUCACCAUAUUUGUAUGGUCUGCAUCCGAAUGCAGAAAUUGGAUUCUUGAGCACGAAAUCUGAGAAAAUGUUCAAGACUAUAUUUGAAUUGCAGCCGAGAGAUUCUGGAGGCGGUGAGGCUGGUGGAGUAUCCAAAGAGGAGAAGGUGAAGACUGUGAUAGAAGACAUUAUGGACAAGAUACCAGACGAAUUCAAUAUUCAGGAACUGAUGAGCAAAGCCGAAGAUUUGACGCCUUAUGUUAUUGUAGCUUUCCAGGAAUGUGAACGAAUGAACAUACUGAUGGGAGAAAUCAGACGCAGUCUUGUGGAACUGGAAUUGGGUUUGAAGGGCGAGUUGACUAUAACUAAAGACAUGGAGGAUUUGAUGGAAUGUCUGUCCUUUGACGAGGUUCCUGCCAGUUGGACAAAACGAGCAUAUCCGAGUAUGCUCAUGUUGGGAGGAUGGUUUGCAGAUUUGCUACUCAGGCUAAAAGAACUAGAGGGUUGGGCUUCUGAUCUAAAUCUGCCUUCGGCAGUGUGGUUGUCUGGUUUCUUCAAUCCACAAUCGUUCCUGACAGCAAUUAUGCAGCAGACGGCCAGGAAGAACGAGUGGCCUUUGGAUAAAAUGUGUCUGAAUUGUGACGUCACUAAAAAACAGAGAGAGGAAUUCACCUCAGCCCCUCGAGAAGGUGCCUAUAUCCACGGUUUAUACAUGGAAGGCGCUCGAUGGGACACAUCUGUAAACGGCAUAGUUGAUGCUAAAAUGAAAGAUUUAUUCCCGUUGAUGCCAGUGGUUUAUGUUAAAGCCAUCACUCAAGAUAAACAGGAAACCAGAAACGUCUACGAGUGUCCUUUAUACAAAACCCGAGAAAGAGGACCCACAUACGUCUGGACUUUUAAUUUAAAGACGAAAGAGAAGCCUACAAAAUGGACAAUGGGAGGUGUUGCUUUGCUAUUGCAGAUAUGAAAGUAUUCUUGCACGAUUGGGAUUUAUUUUGGAACAGAAUUUGUCCUUUGGACUA